CUGCAUUUUGCAGCUUCAGCUAUGGAUCAAAUGGCAAGGUAGAUGUACUCGAACUAGUUCGCCAAAUUUGCAAGCUAGACAAGGAAAACUUUUUCUGUAGGCUUGAUCUAGCUAUGCCUCACUCACCCCUGAGAUUUUUGGAAGUUAAUUUCUGACGUGAUCAUUUGAUCCAUAUAUUCGGUUGGUCAAGACAGCCCGGGUGCUCCUUUUUUUCAUGGUAGCUACUGGCUAAUCUCUUGAAGCCCAAGACUCGAGGCCAAAGUUUCUUAUCUUGCUAUCUAAGAAGAACGGAUAAUGUAAUUAGAUAAGAUGAUCCCCGAAGCACCCUGAAUUCGUUAAAGACGCUCAUCAAGAGCAUUAUCAGUGAUGUCCAUCUAAAUCUCCAAUUGAUGCAUGACAUGUCCAAAGAAUACGUACGAAAUGUAAUUUUGUAGGGAAAAGAUAUUGUCAAACGUGCGUAAUCAAGGCAAAAUGACCAUGGUCGUCCGACCAUUUCUGUCUCAAACAGAGCCACUCGGCCUACAGUUUUGCCUUACCCAGAAAGCGCAAAACCAACGUUUGUUCUGGUUGGUGGCCAGUAGCUGUUACACAUAUGAUUCUUGUUUCAAAAGGAGGAAGAUAGAAGUGCCUACAUCAAUGAUGAAAAAUUACCGAUACAGAUGUAUGACCGGCUACUAAACUUGGCAUCCAGUGCUCUUGCAGAGGUUAGCUGCAAAACUUCUAUGAAAGAGUUUAAGCAAGAGACGUCAAGACUCUGGGAGGAACCAUAUUCAAAGGCAUCUGCAUGGAAACCAUGUGCGGACCGAAAGCUUCCAAGCAAUCUAGGAAAAUUCGACAAAAAUAAUGGCUACAUACUAAUCAGUGCAAAUGGGGGUCUCAAUCAACAGCGAGUUGCUAUCUGCAAUGCUGUUGCUGUGGCAUCUCUUCUUAAUGCAACUUUGGUUAUUCCAAGAUUUCUAUAUAGCAAUGUUUGGAACGAUCCCAGCCAAUUUGGUGAUAUUUACCAAGAGGAGUAUUUUAUGAAUGUUUUGAAGGAUGAAAUCAAUAUUGUAAAGGAACUCCCUCCUGAUCUGGGAUCACUUGACAUUGAAGCAUUAGGUAGCCUGAUUACUGAUGCAGAUCUUCCAAAGGAGGCAAAGCCUGCUGAUUACAUCAGAAAUAUACUUCCCAUCCUCUUACAAAAUGGAAUUGUUCACUUCCUUGGGUUUGGAAAUCGACUAGGCUUUGAUCCAUUUCCUUCUAAACUUCAGAGAUUAAGAUGCAAAUGUAACUUCCAUGCUUUGAAGUUCGUGCCAAAAAUCCAACGAGUUGGUUCAUUAUUGGUCAGAAGGAUUAGAAAAUAUGAUGCUGCACGGAGUACGCUGGACAGACAAUUACUAGGAAACUUCAUGCCCGAAAAUCUAUCGAAUGAGAAUGAUGCUGCUAGAAGCCCAUCCAAAUAUCUUGCUCUACAUUUGAGAUUUGAAAUGGACAUGGUGGCCUACUCCCUGUGUGAAUUUGGAGGUGGAGCAAGUGAGAAAAAGGAACUUCAAGCCUAUAGAGAAAUCCAUUUUCCUCUGCUUAUUGAGCGCUUAAAGAACUCAAGCCCCGUUUCUCCAACAGAGUUAAGAAAGUUGGGAAGAUGUCCACUGACACCAGAGGAAGCAGCACUGGUCCUAUCUGGACUUGGUUUUAAGCGUGGAACUUACAUUUAUUUGGCUGGUUCUCAUAUUUAUGGAGAAAAAUCCAGGAUGGAUUCCUUCACCAGCCUCUAUCCCAAUUUGGUCACAAAGGAAACCAUUCUAACUCCCCACGAACUUGCACCUUUUAGAAAUUUCUCUUCUCAGUUAGCUGCACUGGACUUUAUUGCAUGUGCAACUGCGGAUGUUUUUGCCAUGACCGACUCUGGAAGCCAACUUUCAUCCCUGGUGACUGGACUCCGAACUUACUAUGGUGGUGGCCGUGCUCCUACCUUGCGGCCUAACAAGAAGAGGCUGGCAACAAUUUUGUCGGAGAAUAGCACAAUUGGAUGGAACAGUUUUGAAGACAGAGUGAAAAAGAUGAUCGACGAAGGUCAAAGAGUGCGUGUGAGGGGCUUUGGUCGGAGCAUUUAUCGACAGCCAAGGUGCCCUGAGUGCAUGUGCAAAGCUCAGUAGCAUGUCCUUAUCUUGGCCACUCUUUUAAGCUCUCUUAUCUUUUUAACGUUUUUACCCCUUAUCUGGUCAGCAUAGUUGAGAUUUUCCAGCGGAUAUAGCAUAUGCAGAGUGUUCAAGCUUACAGUGUAAUUUUUUUUCCCUUAUCUUUUUUUUUUCGAUGAGUAUGAUUCAAAAUCUCUGACAAUUGUAGUUCAUCUUUUGAU